AUGAACCGAAUACUUCUCCUGUCAUUCCUGUUAAUACCGUCAACUUUCCAGUCAACAUACACAACAGAAGCAUAUUUUGAUAGUAGUGAAGAAGCGCCGAAUGUGUUAUUAAAUCAUCUCAAUGGAUCAGAUGACGAAGAACUAACACAAGUGAACGAGACACUGCCAACAUUUGUUCCAGGUUCUUCUAAACGUCUCACUGAAUAUCUACUCUCCAAACACAACCAACACGCUCCACCAGACGGCUUGUUAUACGUUGAAUAUGAACUAGAACUGGUUCACAUUCUCGGAAUCGACGAGUUGAAACAAACAAUGACUGUGUUGAUCUAUGUAGACGAGCACUGGAAUGAUCCCAGCCUCAUAUGGGAUCCAGCGCUGUUCGGAGGCAUCACAAAGACAUGGAUUCCUCUGGACAAGAUUUGGGUUCCCGAUAUUAUUGUUUUCAACAUGUUGGCACACGAGGAUCUCCUCUCCGCGGUUCGCGCUCCCGCACGCAUUCACUAUAAUGGAACGGUGGUGGCGAGUCAUCCGGCGGUUCAUACCGUGUCUUGCGAGAUCAAUAUUCGACACUUUCCAUUGGACGAUCAGCGAUGUGCGAUUGAGAUCGCCUCCUGGGCGUAUGGUCAUGAAAAAAUCCGACUGCACGCUCACACAGACCAUUCUUUGGAGCACUAUAAGCGAAACGAAGAGUGGCAUCUUUUGAACCUGAACGUCUCUGAAGAAAAGUACGAGCACGAGGGAAUCGAGGUGUCGGAAGUGAAAUUUGAGAUCUCUGUUAAGCGGAGACCACUAUUCUAUAUGGUCACACUCACAUUCCCCAGUUAUAUUAUGUGUGCAAUUUCUGUCGUUGGACUGUUCGCCAGAUUCUCGACGACUGGCGAAAGAGAGGAACGAUUCACAUUGGGUGUCACUGCUAUCUUGACAAUGGCAGUUCUUUCACUGGUUGUUAGUGAAAAGGUUCCGCAUAGUUCGACACAUGUGCCCUUGUUGGUCGCAUACUUCCUCUUCAACAUGGUGAUCGUCUCAAUCGCCGCCAUGACAACCGGAAUUGUCAUGAAAGUGCAUCGUUUGGGACGUUAUGGUGAUGAGCCACACGAGUUCUGGAUGAAAUUGUUCUUGCUCCGACCAAUUUUCAAGACAUCUAAUAAAAGAAGAUACCGGAUGAACCCAGAGGAGCCUACUCAGGUGAUUCUGGUAUCUGAAACAAAGAACGGAGAGAUUAUCCAGACGAAGAAGACGUCAGAGUUAAAUGGAACCGCAGUCAAGGAGGUUUUGUUAUCAUCACGUCUGGAAGCUCUAGAAGAGUACAUCAAAAAGAUGGUCAAUCGUUGUGAAUCCAUAAAAUGGGAACUCGACGAGAUUGACGCCGCUGAAAACAUCGAACUGGUGCGUCGCCGAUCGACAAAUGGAUAUGUACGGAUCUCAGAGAGGCUGGAUAUCGUGUUCAUGUUCUUCUUCUUGUCAACCGUCACUAUUCCGGUGGCUGUUUUGUUCUACUUGUCUUAA